AUGUACGGCGAAGGCCACUUUACACAGUGCGUGUGGUCGGACACAAGGAGGGCGGGAUUCGGCUAUGCAAAGGCUCGAGAGGGCGACUUAGCCAUCGUAGUGGGUCAGUACCGACCGCCGGGAAAUUAUUGUGGUGAGUUUUUUGCCAAGGUGCCUCCUCCGUUGAGCGGCGAAACAUGGGUGCCCAGUGUGAAGGAACUUUCCGCAAAAUAG